AUGAGAAGAAAUUGUCCCGAGGUUGAAGAUGUUAGUAGUGAUGCUGAAAUUGGAGUAGAACAAAAUGAUGUGAAUGUGGGUGUGGGAGACUGUGUGAAUGAGGUAGAUGAAGUGAAUGUGGAAGAGCGAGAUCGAGCAGUGGAAGAUGGAGUUAAUGUGGAAGUGAAAGAUGGAGAUGAAGUUAAUAAGAUUUCUAGUUCGAGUAGUAGUCUUAUUGAACCAUUCGUUGGGAAGGAAUUUGACGAGGUUGAAGAUGCUCAAGCAUUUUACAAGGCGUAUGCAAGACGAACGGGUUUUGCAAUGAGGACCAACCAUACUCGAUUAUCAAAGGAUGAUAGAAAACUAAUUCUAGUAAAGUAUGUUUGCUCAAGGGAAGGAUUUCGGCGUGAAAGUCAGAAGCAAAUAGAACGGAAAAUCCCUAAACCUGCAUAA